AUGGCGAUAAAACUCUCUCAAACACAAGAAAAGAAGAAAGGAGGAAAGUCCAACUUCCAAGCACCGGAGGAGGCCGCUUCGCCCAGUCACACGCCCGGUUUCGAGAGACUUUUUCCGCCCCCGUACGCUCGGACACUCGCAUGUUUCUGCAAUUUAACUCCGGAAUUCUGUGACAUCGGCUGUUGCUGUGACAAUGUCGAUUGUGACGUAGCUGACCUGAGUACUGUCUUCACGGGAUGUCAUCGGGAACCCAAGUCACAAGUGUGCAUAGAGAAAUGGCUGGUGUUUGGCGCCAACGUGGAACCAUCUUUAAUCACCGUAUCCGAAUCUUUGUUUUGUAUUCAAACUCCAGUUCAUUUCAAGGCCCCCACUGCUCCGCUUCAGCUUCCACCUUUAGGCGACUCUUAUCACUUCUCACCACCGCACCCGAUAAGCGUCAGCCACAGCAGACAUUUUUAUCGGGUGGACGAUGUCAUCCAGACGUACUUCGCCACGACCUCCGUGCGAGGGCUUCUCCGUCAGCCGUCUCCGGGAGCGACCAGUGCGAUCUGUCUUAAUCGUAACCCUGCACGCUUCUUAAGGUCCGAGUCGCUGUCUUGUACUCGAGUUGUAACCCCCGAAUCGUGUACCAAAGACCCAAAUCUCAACGCGCUCUCCUACUACUCAGACAUGAAUUUGAUUCAAAUUCCAAAACCUGCUCAAGAACAGAUUUCAGACCUUUUGAUCCCAGUCACUCCACUUUCUGAAUGGCCGACGCCAAGUGAGCUAAACAACAUGUGUAUUAACGUGGCAAAAAAGGUGGAGUUUGUCAUCGUGUACACAGACAGAGGAAUUCUGGCAAAUGUGACGGUUAAUGUCAUUUUAGCAAACGUGAGCAAGACCGAGAUGAUGCAGCAGGUGCACUCGAUCCAAUUCAAGCUGGGCAAUCCUCAAACGACUCCUUUGCCAACCAUUCCCUCAACUGGACUUCGUGUGGACUCCAGUGUUCUCGGUGACUUUAGUGGAAAAGUCAAACCUGUAACGGUCAUGGGGAUGUCGCAAGAUGGCGAGUGCUCCUCAGACCCCUCCACUCGGGUGGACGUCCGAUUCAUGCAAAACUCACUCACUAGCUGCAGGUUUAGUUCCGAUUCCAGUGACUGCAACGAGUUGCGUUCCCAAAUCGGCAGCAUCCUGCAGGGAGCUGCUAUUCCCGACCUGAUCGCCAUGAGCUCGGGCUCCCGUCCCGACUGGACCAGAGUUCUCAAGCAGGAAUGUCGCGUCGACUCUGAGGAAACAUGCGCCUCAGGCUGCAACCUCCCACACCUGCUUUCUGUGCAAGUGUUGUGGGCUCACAUGGGGCUCCUAGACCUUCCUCAGAGUUACAUCCUGGGAGUUAAAUACCAAUUCCGCUGUAAAAUGUUUCAGUGUCCUGUGUCAUUACCCGUCACCCUCACCACAGAGGUGGCGUUCGCCGACAUGACUGUGUACCCUAAACCAAUUCUGCAGUUUGGCUCACCUUGA